AUGAAUGCUUACUGGAACAAGGCAAAGAAAGAGAAGACAGAGGCACCAACCAAGGAGCCAACAAGUGGCAAGGCAGCUGAGGCUCCACUGCUAGGGCCAGGGGCGGGGGCAGCAACCUCGGCCGUGGCCAUGGCGGAACUGACGGAGGCAGCGGCGAUGAGAACAGCGCAGGUGACCUUCCUCAUGUCCAUGAUGAAUAAAAUGCGACUUUGUUUUGGAGACCCGCGGGUGUGGUGUCUGAGGAACAAUGGUGCUCUUGAGUGGCUUUUAAAGAUAGGGUUUCAGUUAUUUUGGGAAAACACCACUUUUUUAGCUUCUGAAAUGGUCAAAAGUGUAUGGUCUUGCAUGGAUUUCGGGUUUGUUUCAAAG